CUGAAGUUUUUUUAAUCGUCAUCUACUAAUAAGAUGCUUUAGUUGUCAUAUGAACCAUGGUUUUCAAUAAAAAAAAUUCAUUAAAAUAUUCUCGUUGCAGUUUGAAAAGAAAAUGUAAUUCGUAUCAUAUUUUACAGAAAUGUAAUCAGGAUAUGAAACAGAAACAAAUAAAAAAUUUUCAGAUAUGCAAACUGUCGUAGCUAUCCAUAAGUAAAGGAUAAACAUGUGUCAAACAACAAUUUUUUUGAAGCAAUCAGUCAACCAUCAAUAAAAAGGGACUACGUACCUUGUAUAUCUAUGCAACUUCCCUCUUUUAGAUUUUCUCCCUCCAAAACCCAAAAGACCACAUUUAGAAAAGCCAGAGGGGAGAAAAGUUCUCCCGUCUUCUUUUCUGAUGAAUUUGACCGUGAGAGAAACCCGACUACCUCCAUUGGUCUUCACCCUCCUUGCCUUCAUCAGCUUUGUGGCCAUACUGUACAGCUAUGAUUUCCCUUGGGCCUUUACGCCUUUUCAUCAUCAACAGCGAUUUCCAGCACUCAAUGACCCCCCUCCCUCUCUUGUUGAGUUGAAGCAUAAAAAGAGCGAGAAAAGGAAAGAGACGACCCUUCCAUUUGCAGUAGGGAAGACACCAAAAGAUUUUGAUAUAUUCAGUGGGAGGUGGGUAUGGAACGAGGAGAAGCAGUCUACGUAUGAGGAGUCAGAGUGCCCCUAUAUUCUGCCACAGUUGACAUGCCAAGAACAUGGACGCCCUGACAAGGACUACCUGUUCUGGCACUGGCAACCUCAUGGCUGCAAUUUACCAAAAUUUAAUGCAACCUUAAUGUUGGAGGCUCUCCAGGGAAAGAGAAUGCUAUUUGUUGGCGAUUCCUUAAGCCGAGGUCAGUUUAUAUCCAUGGUCUGCCUUCUUCACGGCAUGGUACCUGAAAAUGGCAAGUCCAUGAAAAGCUCUUAUGAUUCAUUAUCAGUCUUCAAAUUAAAGGACUACAAUGCAACCAUCGAGUUCUACUGGGCUCCCUUAUUGCUUGAGUCAAACGGAGAUGGUGUUGGUAAUGACAACGUAACAGAGAGGAUUAUACGCAAAUCUAUGGAUAAGCAUGGGAAAUUCUGGGAAGGAGCAGAUGUAGUGGUAUUCGGCACAUACAUCUGGUGGAUGACCAGCCUCAAGUUGAAGAUCUUGAAAGGGUCUUUCACGGAUGAGGUGCAAGAGUUCGAAAUUCUUCAAACAGAGGAUGCUUACCGGAUGGGUAUACAGAGCAUGUUGGAAUGGGCUGAGAGAAACAUGGACCCAAAGAAGACCAGAGUUUUCUUCACUGGCAUGUCUCCGAGUCACACAAGGAGUAUACAAUGGGGAGGUGAACCAGACGGCAACUGUUACAACGAAACAACUCCAAUAAAGGAUCCUGAGUAUAGCUGGGCUUUAAAUUCCCAUGAAAGCAUAAUGAACAUUAUUGAUGAAGAAUUCAGCAGAACUAGAGUACCCAUAUCAUUUCUCAACAUUACCCAGCUUUCAAGUUAUCGGAAGGAUAUGCACACACAAAUUUACAAGCAGCAGUGGAGCCCCCCAACCCCAGAGCAGUUAGCAAACCCCAAGAGCUAUGCGGAUUGUGUGCAUUGGUGUUUGCCAGGCCUACAAGAUACUUGGAACGAACUUCUCUUUGCAAAAAUUUUCUACCCUUAAGCAAGAGCCAAAAAGAUUUAUAAUUCACUUUUUGUAAAUGCACUAGACAAGAGUUGUUCCUAGAUGAAAGCCAAAGUCAUAAAUACCGGAGGAUGUAAUAAGAAUGAAGUUUUUGUAUAGA